AUGGAGAAGAGACUUGAUAGCAUCCACCAUGGGAUCCCAGAUGCGUUGAGGAGAUUACUCAUCUGUACAAUUUUUGAUAUGCUGCAGCCAAGGCCUUCAACAGCAGUGUGGACAGAAGAAGUCACAGAUGCUCUUCAGAAUGUCAUGCUUCAGCACUCAGAUAUCUGCAUCUUUGUCCAACAUUAUGAGGUGGAUGUUGAUGUGAAUGCACAGAGCAUCAUCUGCAAAACAGAUUUCCAAACAUCAUUAACUCUCCACAGAAGAAUCUUGAUCCCUCAAUAUCCUCUCAGUGGUUCUUGCACGGCAGGAUACAGUCAACAAGUGCAAGCAGGAAUGGGAAGAUUGCAAAGCCAAGUUAGAACAACGAUAUCACCUGCUGGCCGGCCAAUCUACAAGUAUGAAUCACCCAUGGAGCUGCUCAUGGUGCUUCACAAUGCAAUAAAGACACAUGGAUCUCUUUACCUGGAUGAGAACAUCCUUCAUUGGGAUAUUUCCAAGAUCAAUAUAAUAAUAACCAGUUCUAAAAAGGCAGAUGGUCACAUGGGCAUGCUAAUUGAUCUGAAUCUUGCUAAGGAAGUUGGCAGUGAGUGCAGCAGCGCACAGCACCAGACCAGCACAACGGAGUACAUGGCGAUCAAAGUGCUCCUUAAUGUCAACCAGACCUAUUGUCAUAACCCUGAGUCAUUCUUCUACGUGCUUAUCUGGCAAUGUGGCCAUCGCAGUUGGGAAAAACUGGAUAAGCUACAGAGACAGAGACAGGACCAGUGA